AGAGAACUUACAUAUGACUCUUAUACAGUGGGAUGGGUAUGUGUACUUCUCUCUGAGCUUUGCGCAGCAAGGGCAUUGCUUGAUGAGGAGCACGAACCGCUUCCUCCAAAGGACAAUGACGACAACAGCUAUCUUCUCGGCAAAAUGGCGAAACAUAAUGUAGUUAUUGUUUUCCCUGGAGAAUAUGGCACAAAUGCUGCCGCUCAAACAGUUGCAAACACCAUUCGUACCUUUCCUAAUAUCAGGUUUGGACUGAUGGUUGGGGUUGGUGGCGGUGCUCCAAAACCGCCCCAUUCUGAUCCACGAAAGGAUAUUAGACUUGGAGACGUCGUAGUAAGCUGCCCUAUGGAUGGACAUGGCGGCGUUCUUCAAUAUGAUAUGGGCAAAUGGGCAGAUGAAGUCAAAUUUACGAUUAAAUCUCAUCUCAACAAACCUCCCCAGGUGUUGCUCAAAGCGAUAAAGCGCCUGCAGCUAGACCACGGCUUCGGUAAAGGAAAAAUGUGGACAGACAUUGACCAAGUUGUUAAUUUAGACGUGCCGGCAUUAGAAGAUGCCGGGUAUCCCGGAUUGCAGCAUGAUCAACUAUUCAGGUCCGAUUACCAGCAUUCCACUGGGGAAAAUUGCUCAUCUUGCGACGUGACCCGGAUGGAAGAAAGAGGCGUAAGAAAGUCCACCCGUUCACUCGUCCAUUAUGGCUUAAUAGCUUCUGGAAAUGCGGUGAUGAGGUCUUCCGUGCAUCGAGAUGAGCUGCGAGAUACCUGGGGCGUGUCUUGUUUCGAGAUGGAGGCAGCAGGUCUGAUGGAUACAUUUCCAUGCCUUAUUAUCAGAGGCAUAUGUGAUUACUCGGAUAGUCACAAGCACAAAAUCUGGCAGUCAUACGCAGCCAUCGCAGCGGCGGCCUACGCAAAGGACCUUUUGAGAAUCAUUCAUCCUAAAGAGGUUGAAACUACACCUCCACCGAGUAAGUUCAUUAUGAAAUCAUGA